AUGUCUUUGCAAUUCAAACUGUCUAACAAUAGCGCUCCUCAUCCUAUCACGGAUAUCGCCCAAGGGCUUGUUCUGGAGUAUAUCCCGGGUGUUAGCAUGGACAAGCUCAGACCGGGCGAUGGCACGCAGAGCGUCCAGUACUUCGUUGGAGAUCCCCUCCGCUUCCUGCUCGGGACGCUCUGCGUGCCAUCGAGACGGAGAACUGCGUGGUUCAUCACGAUCCCCACACGAGGAAUGUCGUUCUGUGAGAGGGGAGCCUGUCUGCCGUCAUUAUCGAUUUUGGACUGGCACACAUCCGGCAACCUGGGACUAGUGAUGAACGGUGGAAUGUGGUCGUCCAUGGAGGUCCAGAUACGCGGUACAUGGGAAGGCUUCUGGGCGACUUUUGACAGAGUGUUGGGUACGGAUUGGGAGGGGGCGAGAGAGCAAAUGUUCCAAUGGCGUAUCAAGCCAGGUUCCAGCGACGUUCCGACACCAGUCCUCAAGUGCAAUGAAGGGAUUUCCACCUGGUUUACGCCCUCGCGGGAGGACGGCUGUCCGCAGAAAAAUACCCCGAUGUUUGUCUUCCUAUUACGGUCAAUUUCUCGCCUCUAA